UAGCAGCGGCCCAACCAGGUCCUAUUUGUGAAGCGUCUUCUUGCCUCAUCGAUCAAUCCGCGUGACUACGUAAGUCGUAACGUGAGCGGGGAGACGCAGAGCCGGAGAAGGAAGAGCGGAAUGAUUUGAACAGACUAGGGAGAAUGAAGGUAUGUCGGUAUUAACUAUUAAGUUCAAAUAAUUCGAAUAUCCGACAUUCCAAUUCCAUCCAAACUCCACUCUUCUGAUUUCAAUGAUUUUGCUUCAAUUGAUCAAUUCUUCUUCUGCUCUACCUAGUUCCGAGUGCCGACCUGCAAGCCUUCAACCAUUUUUUAUUUUUUUAGAAACGCAAUGGCAGUAGCAGCUCAGCAGAACUCUUCUUACACUAACAGUUUUUUAAUUUUACCAAACAGUUAUUUACAAAAGGUAAACAUUACCGGCAGAUUACCAAACAAAACAUUUUUAUUCAAUUGUAAUUAGAAAUUUAGAACGUGAUUAAUUAAAAAAGAAAAAUCCAAUUCCUAAAUCCUAAAUCAACGAUAGCUGCAAGUCUGCGUGUCCCUGCUUAUCAUGCUCUUCUUCCAUUGGGAUUCAAAAUUUCACCCUUUACUGCCAUUUAGGGGGUUAUUAUCAUUAUUAGGGCUUUAGUCCAGCAAUUAGAAACCUGGACAGCAGCAGCAGCAGGCAGCGCAGGGCCCGGACGGGCAAACCGCUAGGCGGAUUGACGGAAUCGCUGAGGUGCAGAAGACAGCACUCAGUUCACUCAAUCACUCAGUUAAUAACUUCAGGUCUUGGUAGCAGGCACAGGCGCACAGCGAAAUGGUAGAGCAGCUCCAAUUUCAGGAUUAUACUUUCGGCUUUUGUGCAUUUGCCACUUUGAGUUUUAGUUACUUCUAAUACUCAGUCUCAAGAAAUAGUAAGUCGGCAGACCCGAUUCAGUAUUCCACCUAAGGAUUUUGCCGAUGCUCGGCAUUGGACUAUCGUGGCUGAUCUCCUUGUCGCCACCCAUAUGUAAUUGCCCAAAGACUGAAUCUUUGUUUCUCCUAUAAGGGAUUUGAGAAUUCACCCUAUUGUGACAGCCAUAUGUCUCAUUAGAUUGGGAAUUCUAGAGUUUUAUUGCACAAGUUUCAGUUGACUGAAUAUGGGAGGUUGUCGGGUCUGCAAGAAUUGUGGAGCUAGAGGGGAGUCCAUUGUUACAGAUUAUGAAACUGGCGAUAUAGUUUGCACAUCUUGUGAUGUUGUUCAAGACUUUGAGCAAUUUCAGGCCCAUAUUGGAGGCAUUAAUGGGCCUGCUGGGACUUAUGUUCGUGUUGGUACAACAGGCAUUGGAAACAAUUACAGUUACAGAGAGACCAAAAUUUACGAAGCAAAAAAGGUGAUUGAUGAUUUGAUUUACAAGUUUGGGCUUUCAGAAACCAAAACUAAUGAGGUUAACCUUAUGGUUAGGAAAAUCACUGAGGAGGAAUACGGCAAUGGGAGAUGGUUUUCCGUGUUGGUCGGUGCGUGCUCUUAUGUUGUCAUGAGGAGGGAUUCCAAGGUCUUGACAAUGGAGGAAGUCGGAAAAUCAGUCGGGUGUGACAUUUUCGAGAUGGGUAGGAUGGUUAAACGCGUGGUUGACUUUCUAGAUCUUGAAUUGCCCGAGUUCAACCUCGUCAAUUCCUUUGAACUUGCGAUUACCAAUUCUCCUAGCUUGACCGAGGUUUCUGAGGAUACGAUCUCAAGGAUGUUGAAGCAGGGGACAUUUUUGGUACAAUGUUUGAUCAAUUGGUCUGUGACAACUGGACGGCGACCAAUGCCUAUUGUUGCGGCGGUGUUGGUGUUCGUCUCAGAGCUAAACCAGACCCCGAUAAAAAUUGAUGAUGUGGCGAACGAGUUAGACGUGGUGCUCCAUACUUGUAAGUUACGGUAUAAAGAACUUCUGGAGAGGCUUGUUAAGGUUGCUAAAACGGCCUUGCCUUGGGGGAAGGAUGUGAAUAUGAAAAACAUAAUGACAAAUGCCCCAUCUGUGAUUCAAUACCUCGAGUUGAAGUCAAUGUCAAACCACAAUAAGGACGGAAAUCAUUCCAAAUGUGGAGAUGUUUAUGAUUUUAAUAACUUGCUUAAUGAUUGUUUAAGUGAAGAAAAAUUCUAUGGUUAUGACGAUAUUGCACCUGAAAAAGAUUCCCGGUAUUUUCAACCUGGAAAUGUUGAGAUUCAGGAAACAUCCCUCCUUUCUUCCGAGUCAUUGUCUAUAAUUCAUUCGGAACUAAAGAACGCGGUGUCUUCAGAACUUAAGAACAUGGUGUCUGUAGCUAUGGUGGGCCAACAUGCAAGUGGGGGGAAAAGGGCGAGAGAAUAUGGCAUUCUUACUUUAAGGGACUGGUGGAAGGGGGAGUCUGAACUUAGCAGAAAGCUCCAUCUAGAGAAAAUAUUGGAAAAGAACUUAGGAUUAGAUGCCACACCGCCUUCAUUUGAUAAGGGUUGUUUGGUGUAUGAAAGGAGAAAUGAGAAGAUAAAAGCUGCUAAGUUAAGGAUCCGUAGGACUAUGUAUGGUACUUCAAGGGCAGAUGAUCAAAAUGAUGUUUCUGAUUUAGUCAUUGGUAAAAAAGGGAAGAAGAGAAAGAGGGAAAUGGGAUCUGAUUUAGAUUGGGAAGAUUUCAUCAUUGAAACUCUUCUCCUUCAUAAGGUUAGAGAAGAAGAGAUAGAGACGGGGCAUUACAAAGCUUUGCUGGGAUUGCAUGUAUUCAAUGGUGCAAGCUGACGAUUUUAACUCAUCAUGUCCUAAUUAUUCUCGGGAGUAUGAUAAAGCAGGUGCCAUGAUGAGUGUUGAUGAGACUUUGAUGUGCUCUUUUUAUAUAUUAAAGCCUACUGAAAAGAAGCCAAAGUUUGGAUUUGGCAGCACAAUGAUGACUAAAUCAGGUUUCCUUACAAUGAAAACAAAGUCAUUUAUUGGUAGAGGCUGAUGGAAAUGUGGGCAGAUGGAUUCCAAGGGAUAAAGACCUACUCCUAUGGACAGAUAAACAUGUCUUUUUCCCAUAAGUGAUGUAAUGAAUUGUGUUUUAUUCUUGUGUCUGUACACAAGAAAUUGGAAAAACUAUUUCAUAAUUUAAUCUUACUAUAGAAAAAGUUUGUAGCAAUAACACUUGCAAGCCACUGUCUUAGUAUUGUUUUUUUAAUUGUGAGCCUUCUCAAGGGUGGAUCCGGUUAGACAACUAAAGUGAACUGGUCAGUGCUUGCCUUUGAAGUCAGAAUGGCUUUCUGGUUUUAAAUCUGAAUAUUUAUCAGAAUAAACUUGUUCUGGUUCCUCCUACUUGAAAACGG